GCGAGAGAGCUGAGAGCAUCGAAAGGCUACGCCUAGUCGCUCAGAAAUAUUGCUUACAAGUCGAAGACACCCUCGGUUACCAACCAUCUUAAACUAGAGAGACAUCUACGGAGUAGAUACCAUGGCUUCAGCUUUAAAGUUUCCCACACUGUAUCAAGAUUUCGACCGCAACCCCGCAGGAUACCUUGCAACUACAACAUACGGCAGAGCUGCCCUUAGCAGACUGAGUGAAGUCAGAGAGCAUAUUUGCAUCCCUGACGGAAGGAAGGUCACAUUGCCAGUAAGAGAUAUACUUGAUGAUGGAAAGGUCGAAAAGCUCAACGUCUUCAAUGAUGAUGAAUUGAGCAAUCUUCUCGGUGGAAUUCCUGGGACUACAGCCACAGGUGGUAAUGCUUCCGCAUUGAUCCGAACGCCACAAUUUCGCUGCCGUUUUGUAUAUUUAUGUGCAGAAACCGCACUUGGGCCUUUAGAAGUACAUGUCAGAAUGUUGCUUCGUCUACUGACUUUCUACCAAGUCAUGCCCCAAUUCUUGGAUUUCCUUUAUAUAUAUGCAUCGCCACAUGGUAGAGACAAAGAGCUUCGUUUUAGCGGGUUCAAAACAGAGACAGUCUUGAGCAACCCGAUGUCGGACACUAUCAUACCAGAGCUGGGGAGGAGCGGCAGAAGAUAUCAGCUUUGUUUCAAUCUCAAGACUGUAGCGCAGAAGAGCAGGGUAGGCUGGAAGAUUCGUCAGGCGGCUGUCCAUCAUCAAUUUGACAUCGGCCAGGGUUCCCAGAUGUGGAUUGUAGGAGACCCCCACGCCGUGCUCAAGGAGCGUACAGGAGAAAUAUUCCCAGAAGGGCACAGCUUCCCAACCAGUUUCAGCACAAUGCAGCAAGGAUUUGCAUCCUCCUUGGACAUACAUCUCGAAUUCGCACAAUGGGCAGCCUCUGAGUGGCGAUGGCAUAUUUUGUUCCUUGAGCAGGGCGCGGAAGAAUUGACGAAGCCAGCUCGGGUCAGGGAGAGAGCACACAUCGAACACCUAGAGCCGGAAUCUCUUAGUGACGUACAGAAGUGGGAAGAAAAGGCCAGUGAUGCCGUGAUGGCCAUGGAGUCCAAUGCCAACAUCAUGAAGUUGCUACAAAAGUUCUAUCGGGACUUGCUGAAGGACGAGAACUUUCCAAAGGGAGACCGUCACGUAUGCUUGCAACGAGUGAAGAAGUUUGUCUCGCAAUUAGAGGAGUUAAUCUGCGAAGCAAACAUGCAAAUAUCGAGGACCAAAAAUCUCGUGAAGGUAGUAGCAGACCGGAAAACAAUUCUCAUCCAACAUCUCCAAACACAGAACGCCAUCAUAUCCUCAAAGCUUACUGCAAGUAUGUACGAGCAAGCAGACCAAAGUGCCAUGGAGGCAAUCGCGGUUCGCAUUGUAACUAUCGUAACUUUGAUAUACCUUCCAGCAACUUUCUCCAGUACAUUCUUCAGCACUGAUGUAGUCAAAUAUCAGCAAGGCGAGAUCUUCUCGCAAAUAGCUUUGGAUAGAUUUCUCCAAGUCACUCUCCCGCUCAUGUUCAUGACAUUCGUCCCUGCUGGAAUAUGGUUCUGGAUCGAGUGGCGCAGACGAACGAAGAAGUCUCGCCAAACAAAAGUCAACUUCCUUGACUUAUUCUCCCAGGAAACUCAAAAGCUACUUCAAUAA